GACAACACCAGCGUCACGAAGCAGAGCUGGCAGCCGAGGUGCCCUGGUCCAGCAACAGCCUUCAAGCGGCCCAGCAAAACACACGGCGGCGGGGGCCUGCGGCGACGGCGAGGCUCAGCAACAACCACUCCAGACCGAGCCCGCUCUGCUUAGCCGCAGGCUCCGCCCCCUCCUCAACCCCGCCCACUAAACGGUGGGGACGCACAACGCCUCUCGUCUAUCCCGCCUCCUGCCGCAGACCGGAAGUCCGGGCUUCCCACAGUGCCCCGCGCCGCGGCGGGCAUGAUAACAAGCCCCCGGAGAUCCCCACGCUGGUAUUUUGUCUGUGUGUAGGCGCCGAGACGAACCGGACGGCGACGGGCCAACAGUAGCCGGCCCGAGCGAUGGCGCUGUUCCGGGGAGUGUGGAGCGUGCUAAGAGCACUGGGGCGCACGGGGGUCGAGAUGUGCGCGGCCUGUGGGGGCCGGAUACCCUCGCCUGUCAGCCUUGUCUGUAUUCCGAAGUGUUUUUCCACCUUGGGUAAUUAUCCAAAGAAACCUAUGACUUCAUACCUUCGAUUUUCUACAGAACAGCUACCCAAAUUUAAGGCUAAACACCCAGAUGCAAAACUUUCAGAACUGGUUAGAAAAAUUGCAGCCCAGUGGAGGGAGCUACCAGAAGCAGAAAAAAAGGCUUAUGAAGCAGAUUUUAAAGCUGAGUGGAAAGCAUACAAAGAAGCACUGAGCAAGUAUAAAGAACAGCUAACUCCAAGUCAGCUGAUGGGUUUUGAGAAGGAAGCCCGGCAGAAACGGUUAAAAAAGAAAGCACUGAUAAAAAGGAGAGAAUUAGUUUUGCUUGGAAAACCAAAAAGACCUCGAUCAGCAUAUAACAUUUACGUAUCUGAAAGCUUCCAGGAGGCUAAGGAUAACUCCACUCAGGGAAAAUUGAAGAUUGUAAAUGAGGCUUGGAAAAAUCUAUCUCAUGAAGAAAAGCAGGCGUAUAUUCAGCUUGCUAAAGAUGAUAGAAUUCGUUAUGACAAUGAGAUGAAGUCUUGGGAAGAGCAAAUGGCUGAAGUUGGACGAAGUGAUCUCAUCCGUCGCAGUGUGAGACGAUCAGGAGACACCCCUGAGAAUUAAGAUAGAAGAUGGAGUUGUCCUUGGAAUUAGGCAUAAGAAACCAGUUAGGUCUCAAAGCCUUAACUUGUUACAUUAGAAAGGAUAAAGGUGGUUAACCUUUGACAUUCAGUUCAUUUUUCUGUAGCCCAUGGACUUCUGCCCAUUGAAUGCAUUUCUGUUAAUGUUUUGAGCCUUGACAGUAGAAGAUCAUGCCAAGUUCUGCCUUUUGCUUAAGAACUGGGAUGGAGACUGUGUGCAACCGCAUGCAGCGUGAAUCAUUCUGUUUGAUGGAGUAGAUAGACUGUGAAGGGACUUUCUCACUGGUGACAGGUGCGUGUGGUUUGUGAAGUUUUUACACUGAUGACCGUUACAUGUGGGUGUACCCCCUUGUGUCCCGGGCCCAGAGCUGCUCUCACAGCUGUGGCAGAGCUAUGAAUAAUUGCAUUUUCAAAGAAGCUUCCAGGCUUUUCUAGAUGAAGUGAUUCCUAGACCUAGAUCAUGUGUAGAGCUGAUGUUUGUACAUAAGAAGUGAUUGUUGAUAUCCUAGUAGCAUUUUAUAGUAGAAACAGAGAGAUUUACAAAUCCUUCUCAAUUAAGAAAUUAUGUACCAAGUCUAUGCAUAUGUUUUUAUUGCAUAGAAUAAAAACUCUAAUUUUUCAAACAUGUUUCUGAAUUAUGUAUUUUAAGAUGAACCAUUUGGUUAACAGAUUUUUGUUUUUUUUAAAUUUAGGUAGGGACUUUAUUUUUAUGAAUUACCUUUCAUUUGAGAGUAUUCAUAGAGCUUGUGUAGUAAUAAAUUUUUAAAUGAGAAAAUGUGAAAAACAAAUCUCCAGAGUCAGAAAUCUGAAAGAUUAUCCAUGACAGCUAAAGGCCUGUGCAGGAGAGAGCCAACUGUGUUGAACUGGCCAAGUCCAGCCCACUGGCUAACUGCUUUUCAGGGCUUAUUCAUCAAGAAAUGUAAUUAUGUUGUAAAUAGGUUUUUUAAAAGGAAAGUAUCAAGAAAAUUGAUAUGCUCUUUAGUGUUUGUGAGUAGAAUUUCUUGGAACACAGCCACAUGCUUUCUUGGGUUUGUUGUGUGUGGGUGCUCUGUGCUUCAGAGACUAUACUGGGAAGCCACAGCCUACAGGGAUGGCCCUUUGUAGACAGUUUGCCACCAUGGUUUGUAGCAUGGGUGUCUCAUGGCUGCUGGGCAUGCAAGGCUGUUUUCCUCAGAUGUCCUUGAUGUUUUUGUGAUACUGUCACCCUAUCUUGGGGUCAUUGCUGAGUACCUAUAAGCCUUACUGUUAGCAAGGAAAAUAUUCUUUAGCCUGAAAUACUCGUGUAGCACAGUACAGAAGGCCGCUGUAUGGAGUGAAGCCCUCCUAAUCUUUACUGCUGCACAGGAGAAAGUGUCUUCCCCACUUUGAGCUGGCACAUCCCACAAGCCCUUGCCAAGCCAGAGCCAACACUUUUUAGUAUCUGUCUUGUUCUAGAGAACAGGUAGCUUUAACCACCACACCACUGAGCCGAUCUCAGAGACACAGGGCAACACAGAGUUCAUGCUCACGUGUUACGUAUUGAGGAGGUUUAGAGAUUGGACACUAGGAUACGAAGUUUGUAGCCACUGAGCUUGACUCGGAACAGAAGGACACAUGGAGGAGAGAUGUAAGAGUUAUAUGUGUAAAACUGGCUAUUUGAGCUGGGUAGAAAACUUGCCUAGAAUGUUCAAGGCCUUGGAUCCAAAUCCCAGAACUGCAACUCUCCCCACGAGAUAAUCAGAAUUUUGAAGAUAAAUUUAAGAAAAAAAUUUUUCCCAUGGAUUGGAAUUCAGGCCUGUAGCUGACAUAGUGUGAAGAUGGUGGAAGGAGGCCAGCAUGAGCUGGUCUUACUAGUCUUUCGAAGUGCAAUUCCAGGAGAGACGUGAGCUCUGCACUCCCUUGGUCUCUGGAAAGGAAUUGCAUGCUGUCCUUAGAACGGAGAAAAUGGUGACUCAGCAUUGACCCUGUGCUUCAGAGCACCUCAGGAGCAGCAGGCACUACAGAGAUACAGUGAUGUUAGAGAUGCCCAGAGCUCUAAGCAUGUUACCACUUAUCCCCACUCAUAGCUUCCCAGGCACAGUGGAGCGUGCUCCAGAGCUCACAGCUCAGUCUAGGAAGGGAAUGGAACACGUAGAGGGGCCCGGACCAAAGCCAAGCAUGGUACUUUGUUCAGUUUGGUUUUCCUUGUUUAUAAAACAAGCUUACUGUUUACACUGUAAUCUGCUUUCCAUGUUUUGUUUUUUUUUUUUUUUCCCCUAAAGACAGAGUCUUUCAGCAAAAAGCAGUUGCCAGAGGAGCCAGGAAGGUGUUGGGAGGAGCUGAAGGCAUGCGGUGAUGCUGCCUUAGGUCUUUGAUACUUCUGAGAUCAGAGUGGCACAGCAGGGUUCAGAUCAUCCCCCCCACCCCCCAAGGCUGACAAGGCCUUGGUGCUGCUUCGCCUUUCUUACUGUUGUGUGACUGCAAACAGGCAGCCCUUUUUUCCAACUCCAUUUUCAGCAGUGCCCUUAAAAACAACAAACCCUAGUUGGUCCAAGUGUGUAUUUCUGAAUCUAAAAGCUGGUGUUAGCAUACUUUAAAUGGUAGGUAGCUAGAAAGUCUUCCUGGGUUCGCCCACACUCACUGUACCACCAGGGGGCGCUGAAACCGCAGCUUUAAUGUAGGCAGAGCCAUAGUGUCCAUCAAUUCUGUGGCCAUAUUAUUGUAAGAAUAUUCUUCCUCUGACAACCCUUCUCCCAGGUUUUGUUUGUUUGUUUCUUUGUCAAGACGGUUUCUCUGUGUUGUCCUGGCUGUCCUGUAACUCACAAUGUAGGCCAGGCUUUCUUCAGACUCAGACCUACCUGAGAUUAAGUGCUGAGAUUAAGAUCGUGCCUCACCACCACUGUCUGGCUUCCUCCCUCCUCUUCCACAUUUGCCACCAGCCUGUCACUGACAAGUUUGCAAAUGCUAAAACAGUGUCUGUGUUUUUGAAGUGUAAAGCAGAACAUACUUCUCUUUUUUAUAGUUGAGCUUAAAGAGGUAAAAUGAAGGAAUGUAUUUACUCUGAAUUUGUAAAACUUCCUAAGCAAAAAAGUAAAAUUAUGCACAACUGGUACCAUCAA